UAUAUAUGUGUGGUUGUAGGCAUAUUCAAACAACAAAACUCAAAUAUUUAUAAGUUAGCAAGACGUUUUUCAUGGAAUAUUCAAACUCACACUUUGAAGGAAAUCAUAUCUCUGAUGAUAUAGAAAAUGGGUUCGAAAUUUAUCCUUCAGCUCUUAAUAUCGUUUGGGGAAAGGAUGAACGAUAUUGGAAACUACCCGAAGGGAAAAACGACCCAGCAGAACUUGUACAAGUAAGUUGGCUAGAGGUAACAGGGUGGUGUGACAAAGUAACGCGAGGUACAACAUAUGAAGUUAAGUUCGAGUUGAAAUUGACACCAGAUGCAUUUGGUUUUAGUGAGUUACCCCUCUACUUUAUGGUCAAAUCUGGAUCCAAAAACCUAUGGAAAAAAAUACAUUUAACCAAAGAUGCCAAUGUUGAAUCAAAUGGAACAUAUAUCGUACCAAACAAUCUUGUCAUUAAAAUAACUGAAUCUGUAUAUGAAGACAGCAAGCUUUGUUUUGGGAUCUAUGAAGUUUGGAGUGGAAAAUGGAAAGGAGGAUUAAUUAUCCAAAAAGUAAUCAUUAAGAAGAAGACAGAAAAGGAGUAAUAUAUAUAAUAACUACACAUAAAUUUAUAAUAAUACUAAUAAAAAAGCGCUUCACACAAGUGAUCUGUUAUAAUCCAUUCAGACGGUUUUAUAUUUCUUUGUAAUAUAGAGUUAUUGAGAAAAUAAAUGUUUGUUAUAUCUUUCCGUUUGACCUUACUGGCUUGUAUUAAAUUUUCUGUUGUGUUAUUUUGUAAUAAUCUGAUUUGUAAUAUGAUUUACAAAUUUGUGAUAUAGAAAAUUUGAAUCUUUACAAUUUA